GCGCGGGCUGGGGCGGCGGGGUCGGGGUUGGCGCCUCCGCUGUGCGCCCGGCGCGGCGCCGCUACAACGCCCGCUGCACAGCGAAGCCGGGGGCUGCAGCCUCGCCCCAGGCGGGCCGGCCCGGGCGGGGGGUGGGCUUCUCCCGCCUGCCCGCACGGCUCCCACCCGGCUCCCCUGCUUUAUUGGGGGUUGACCCGCGCGCCCGGGGGUUAGCCUUAACGCAGAGCGUCGGCGUCCCCGGGAGGCCCCCGUCGCGGCCAGCCUCGUAGCUGGUGCCGCUGGAGGGCCGGCGCCAGGUCCGCAGACCCGGGCCCGCCGCCCUCUCCUGCCGGCUCUCCUCUCCGCAGCCCGCCCUGCCGCCGCCCUCGCCCCGGAGGGACCGGGAGCGACAUGGAGGGCAGCCCCCCGGCCGCUUGGCCCCAGGCAGCACCAGUGUUGUUUCAGGGCCUGCUGACUUUUGGGGAUGUGGCGGUGCACUUCACCCAGGAAGAAGGGGCACGUCUGGACCCCCGGCAGAGGGCUCUGUAUAGAGACGUGAUGCUGGAGACUUACAGGAACCUGGCCUCCCUGGGAGUUCCAGGAUCCAAACCAGAUCUGAUCUCCCAGCUGGAGCGAGGAAGGGAGCCCUGGGGCUCAGACCUGCUGGGGGCCCAGGAAGGAGAGACCGCGGGACACCCUGGCUCGGAUUCCGGCCGGGGGUCUUUGUGUAAGCAGGUGACUGCCAGGGUGAAAAUGACUGGAGCUGCAGAGCCUCCAGGAGGAGCAUCUGGAAACUUCUCAGGGGGUGAGCCUCCAACACUGGUCUGCAGAGUAGCCCCCGGGCACGAGGGCAGGCUAGGGAGCCUGGAGAACUUCCUUUUCCAGGAGAGACAGUCACACAGAACCUACUGGACCAUCUCCAAAAGAGAAGGUGCCCAGAAAGGCGGUAAAUGGGGACCCGACCAUCUCCGUAGCCCGCGCCCUGGGACCCGCGAGAGAAACGCGAAAGGGCAGAGAGCUCACACGUGCGAAACGUGCGCCAAGAGCUUCCGAUACCUCUCGCGCCUGGUGAGACACCGGGCCACGCACAGCGGCGAGAAGCCGCACGCGUGCGGCGAGUGCGGCCGCGCGUUCAGCCAGCGCUCGCACCUGGCGCAGCACCGCAGCGCGCAUGCGGGCCAGAAGCCGCACACCUGCGGGCAGUGCGGCCGCGCCUUCACGCGGCUGUCCACGCUGCACCGCCACCAGCGCAUCCACAGCGGCGAGAAGCCCUUCGGGUGCCAGUGGUGCGGGAAGCCCUUCAGUUACAGCACCCUCCUCGCCCAGCACCAGCGGAUCCACACCCGAGAGAGGCCGUUCCGGUGCGCGAGGUGUGGGAAGAGCUUCAUCUGGAAGUCCAGCUUUCGGAACCAUCAGAAAUCGCACCUGUGCAGCGAGGGAGCGUGGACCUCUGCAAGCUAAGCUUUGGAAGCAGACCCUGGAGAGGACAGCUUGCGACUCGCCGCUGCUCCAAGGAGGGCCCUGGAAGGAUGUCCUGGGCACGUGAGCAGCGCCAGGGCGAGACCGGCACGAGGGACUGGAUUGUUUCUCCACCCGCAACCAACAGGUGCAUUUCAGGUCCUUCCCACGACGGGGGCGUGGCCCAGGCCUGCCUGCCCCGGCCAGCACCACCGGUAGCCAGCUAGAUUUGGCGUGCUGUGGCACUUCCCCGGACAAAUUGAUGCUUUGAAAGUUACUAUUUUCAAGCGCAUCCAGAUUUUAUUUUUAAAACUUAAAACGUAGGUCUUUGUUUUUAUUUGCAUCGUAGGGGUUCUAAACGCCUUUGAAGUCCAGAUGGGCUACAGAGCUUUUGGAUAAUGAAUCUUUCAUCACACAGCAGCCCUGAGCACCUGGUGAAGGGCACGGGCAGGUCACAAAACUCUAGUCCUCAUUUGAUUCUGCCUGGUUAUCCUUGGAUGCCGAUUGGUUGCAGCAGGAUGUGAUGGUUCCAUCUUGGGCAGCUCAGCCCUGGUGCUGUUGGCACUGGUGGCUUUACUCACUCAGCUUCACUGUCCUGUGUGCUGACUCUUUGCUUGAGUCAGGCCACAGAAACAUUGAGUGUGCACAUCAUUUGAACUGUUCAUUUUUCCAGCCAAUUCUUCCAUAGAGAGUAGAUUUGCACAGUAUGGAUGUUUUCUAUGCAAUAAUAACAUUAAAAACUAUUAAAACA